AUGAAUGGCGACAACGAGGCGAGCAGUGUGCCGUGGGAACAUUUCCAGAAAUGGCUUCACUCGAUAGCCGUCGUCACAUUCGAUCUAGAGCUGGGGCAGGCGCUCGAGAUCAUCUACCCGGGCGAUGCCGAUUUGUCGUCGAUCGAAAAGGCGAAUAUUUGCUACCUAGCGUUCCCGGACUCCAAUUUUGGUUCGGCCCAAGAUGUCCCCUACCAUUUUCGGAUACGAAGGACGUCGCCUAAAAUUGGGCCCCAUCACAUGCUGGUCCUCGAAAAUUCCUCGGUGUCGCUGCCACUGGAUGCUUCCUAUCUCUAUGGAUUUGUUCAAUUUCGGCAGCACAAGGACCCUUCAAUCAAAAGGGGUUACUACCAAAAGAGCGUCGUACUACUAACGCCGUUCCCGUUCUUUUCACUGUGGAAUUGUGUAGCGGCGAAGAUUGCAUCUGGCUACUUUGAGCUAGGAGAAGCUGCGAUCGAAGCUGCCUGCCACGAUCUCGACCAAUGGCCGACACCAGUACCCGGGACACCUUUGAUGCUACCCCUGAUGGGAACGGUAAUCCAAUGCCGGAUCCCUCUUCGUGGUGAUUUGCCGAUAACCGGCCCGAGCAGCUACACAAAAGACGACCAAACCGGGCCUUCGAUUGUUCUUCCCUCUGUUAGCGAAGUCGAUAUUUACAGGUCUCUCUCAAAAGUGUUAGUACACGUCCAGCUGAUGUGGGAGCUUGUGCUGCUGGGAGAGCCUCUACUUGUCGUGGCCCAGACACCUACACGCUGCUCAUCGAUGGUCCAAUCACUCGUUUCACUCAUCUGCCCGCUGCGGCUACUCUCCGAUUUUCGGCCCUAUUUCACCAUCCACGACUCCGAAUUCCGUGAAUAUUCGGCUCGGGCCAGGAAUUUGCCGGCCGUUAUAUUGGGAGUGACGAAUCCGUUCUUCAUCAAGGCUCUGCCGCACUGGCCCCAUAUUUUGAAGGUCGAAGAAGAUCGUGCAAGCGAGGGCCCUGAAAAACAGACUGAAAAGAACAAGCACUGGGAUGGGAAGAGCCUCGACGCAAAGCCGGGUUUGUACACCCAGUACAAACCGUUCCUGGGACGCGACAAAGCGCUGAUCAAGAAAUUGCUUAAGGGAACUCGCCCGGAUGAAGUUUGUUCUGCAUUGCUACGCCGGCAUUUCCUCGAGCUAACCCAGUCAUUCAUGAUCCCACUCGAACGACACCUAUCAUCGUUAAUGCCGUUGCGGAAGACAAUGUCUCCUUUUAAGUCGAUUCCGCAUCCGCGUCCCUUCGUCCUUGACGACUUUCUUGUUACUCUGGAGGCGGCAGGACCUUCAUUGACUUGUGGCAUCAAGGGAGAUUGGUCAGGUCUCUACCGUCGAUUUGUUUCCACUCGCACUUUUGCCGGUUGGCUUUCUCAGAGGAAUUCGGACAUUGCCAAGCAGAUCAAGAUGGCGUACAUUGAGGAACUGUGCCAAGCCGACCUCGGUGCAUCCGUGCUCGCAUCGCGUCAUCACGCGGAAAUUGUGGACCUGGUGCUCCGGAUGAGAUUGAUUGCUGUGCAACUGCCGACACGGCACGAGCGACGCGUCGGUGUCAUCAGACAAAUAGCCGCGGUGAUCUCUCGUGUUGAUGAGGAGCUGCGCGGUGUUCUGAUGAGCAACUGCGCCCUCCGAGAGUUACUGGACAAUUCUCGGGAAAUUGUUCAUUCAAUC